UCAGGAAGCAGAAGCAGCAGCAGCAGCAGGUCAGACAUGGAAGGUGGCGCCGACGACGACAUGGCGGACGGAAUGCAAUGCAGCGACCAUCCUUACAGAACCAACCCUCACGGCAUCUGUGCUCUCUGCCUCCAAGAGAAGCUCGGCAAGCUCCUCUCCUCCUCCCUCCCUCUCCCUCUCCGUCCUUCCUCCUCCUCCUCCCCCCCUUCUCCUUCCUCCUUCAGAUCCGACCUCCUUCCUCCGCCCUCCUCCUCCUCCUCCUCCUCCUACUCUCGCCAUCCUUCUUCUUCCCUCUCCCUCCCUCAAUCCCAACCCAACAAUGGAUAUCAUCACCACUCCCACCGCCCUCGUCUCCUUUUUCUCUCUACCAAGAAGAAGGCCAAGAAGAAACCUUCUGUUGCUCCUUCUUCUUCCUCUUCCUCCGCCGCCACGGCUUCCUCCGACGUCGUCUUCAAGCGAAGCAAGUCUACCGCCACUCCUAGAAGAGGCAGGCUCUUGGAUGACCCAGGGGAUAGCCCUAGAAAAAGGAACGGGUUCUGGUCUUUUCUUCAUCUCUCUUCCAAGUCAUCAUCCUCCUCUGUUUCCGGGAAGAAAUUAGACGCCAAGAGCCUUAGAGACGGAAAUAUCAGCUCCUCCGGGCAACAGAAGGAGAAGUGCGAGGGAUCGUCUUUGGGAGCAAGAAAGAUUGACAUUGUUGUGGAAGACGACGAGACAUGUAAUAGCCGGCAAACCUCUGCUUCUUCCUUCGAGCGCAAAGUUUCGAGAUCCAGAUCUGUUGGUUGUGGAAGCAGAAGCUUCUCUGGCGAUUUCUUCGAGAGAAUAUCCACCGGCUUCGGAGAUUGCGCUCUCAGGAGGGUCGAAUCUCAGCGCGAAGGGAAGCCCAAAGUCGCCCGCGGCAGCAGCGGCGGCGACCACCACCACCACCACCAUUCCAUGAAAGAAAGAGCGAGGUGCGCAGGAUUAUUCAGUGGCUUCAUGAUGAACUCGUCUUCGUCAUCAUCAUCAUCUUCGUCUUACCUGGUUUCAUCCUCGAACGACGAUCAAACCACGGGCAGAAAAUCAGAAUCUAUGGCUCUGUCUCAGAGCAGAGGAAGGUAUUGGGGCUGGGCAUUCGCCAGCCCCAUGAGAGUCUUCACCGCCAAACCUUCAAAUUCCAAAGACGUCAAGAACAACGCCACGCCAAAUCUGUCUGCUAUUCCUUCCUUGCUUGCUGUCAGAGGCUGAAGAAUCCAAAAAAGGAAAAAAGAAAAAUCCAUCUUGGAGUCAAGAUGAUUCACGCUUACUACAUCAUAUAUCGUUACUUAACCAGCAUGUUAAAUUCUUAAAUUUUCGCUAAUUAUGUAAUGCAAUACUCUCGUUUUCCAUGCAAUUUUCUGGGAAAGCUGUUACCUGUUUGUUCAUAUUCAGAUGGUUAUGAUGGGUGUGUUUGGAGAAUGCGAAAAUAAAAUGAGAUGGAAAUAGGAGAUUGGGCUGAGCGUGAUGGAUUUAGCAGUUUACUUACAAAUGGUUGUAUGUAUUCAUUGGAAAUUGCAGAAAGUUUAGUGGGAAGUGCAUGUACGGUUACAUGAAUAGUGCCUGGGAAAUAUCCCCAAGGUGCAUGAUUCAGCCCUCAGCGUGUUAAUAAUCAUGAUGUCUCUUC